GUCUCUCCUGAAGGAAAAGCGGCUGUACCCGUGUCACUGCCAAGCCAAAACGCAAACAGCGUUCUGCUGGAAGGACGCGCCUUCCUCAAAUGUCCACUAACUUGAUUUGCAUCGCCACUUCGACCGGUACUUCAUUCGUAGCCAAGCCACGGUGCCGCAUCAAACCGAUCCGCCUCCCCUACUUCCCUUCGUUCGACCGCAAUAUGGCAGUCACGAGAAACGGUAACGAUGCGAAGGACAGUGAGGAGUGUAAACCGAAAGCUCCUGCUCCAUCUGACGGGAAGAGUCUUUGGGGCAAAGACGGAAGCUCGGCCACAGCUGCGGCUAAGAAGGUAUCAUCAGGAAGUGUUGGCGCAAAGGAAGGCCACGACAAAGUUGUUCAAGUCCUUCGCCCCCCCCACGCCUACGUACCUGAGGCUGUCGAAAGCGAGAAGGAGUACACAACAUUCCCGGCCGACCUGGACCAGCGUGCAGAGGCGUUGGGAGACCCUGCCGACAUGGUAGGUAACGAGAAUGCCUUUUACAAACAUGCUAUUGCCGCUCGCGACAAACCAGCGGCCGAGGACAGGGUUGAGGCGAUUGACGAGACGGAGGAGGAGGACCCGACUGAGACGCUGAAGAAGCAGUUUGUGGAGGUCAAGCGACGCCUUGCCACGGAUUAUCUGGGUCUCUGGCUUGAGGACGACAGUCUCUACGACAAGGUUGGCCAGCUACGGCAUGCCGCAAACAGAGGUGAUCACGAGGACUAUCAUCAGCUUCACGGGAGUCUGAUGGAAUACCUCGGCAGUGCGACUUCGGCUGAGUGAUAGAAGCAUAACAAGAUCUUGCGAAUCUGGUACCGAGAGAAGGAGUCUAGAAUUGAGGGGCUGAUACAGAGGGCGGUGACGGUGCGCCCGGGGUGAUAACGGCGAAGACGACCCCAUUGCCUGCUUAGCAGGCGGUUACCGCUCAUGUUUUAUGGGAAACGGUGGUCGCGGAGCUGCUGGUGGUAGUGCAGGUGUUGGGGAUACGACCACCCAAUCCCAAAGAUGUAAGUCUACAUACCCU